AUGCCACCUAUUAUCACGGAGAUGCAGGCAAUGAAGGAGCAGAUGGAAGUUAUGAUAAACGCUCUCAAGGGACGAGUGUCCAGCGAUCUUGAUGACCUUGUUAGCCAAACUGACUCGCCAUUCACCGCCUCCGUCAACUCCUUCCCCCUGCCGAGUAAGUUCCACAUGCCACAGAUAGAUAGUUAUGACAGGGAGCUAAGCGCUCAAUUUACUGCGCACUUCAUCGGGAGACAUAGGUACAAGAAGUCUACGGCUUACUUGAUGAGCAUCAAACAGCGAGAAGAGGAGACGCUGAGAUCCUGCAUAUCCCGCUUCAAUAAGGAGACACUCUCGAUUAACGAAGCCCACGACAAGAUACUUGUAGCAGCAUUCACUAAUGGGCUGAAGAAGGGUAAGUUUUUGUUCUCUUUGUACAAAAACGACCCGAAGACCAUGUCAGAAGUGCUUUACAGGGCCACCAAGUAUAUGAACGCUGAAGACGCGCUACUGGCCCGAGAAGAAAGACCCAGGAAAAGAGAGAGGCAAGAAGACACACGGCAGGAUCAAGGCCGGAAGAAGGUAAGGACGGGAGACCGAAGGGAUGAAAGAUGCCCUAAGCCCCUGGGAGGAAGAUUCACAAGCUUCACUCCAUUGACUGCCCCCAUAGAUCAAGUCCUAAUGCAAAUCAAGGACGAGGGGGCUCUGACGUUCCUUGGAAAGCUGAAAGGUGAUCCCAACAAACGAUCUAGAAAUAAAUAUUGCCGCUUCCACCGUGACUAUGGUCAUGACACGGCCAACUACUAUGACCUAAAGCAGCAGAUUGAGUCCCUUAUCAGAUAA